UUAUUCCUGCUGAAGCUUGCUGAAAAUGUAUUGUCAGUUGACGGUCAUAAAAUAACUCCUUUUUUUCCCUCAUUCUUGACGAUGCAUAAAGAAGAAACGAUAAGACUGUAUGUCACUACAGGCUCAUUUGUUUUGGUCAAGGAAGACCAGGCAUUAGAAAUAGAAUUUGACGGACUUAAAAUGACAAAAAGAGACGCCUAUGAACCAGUUAAUAUUGUUCAGUCGUUCGAGAUAUUUGGUAUUCUUGGAUUUAUAGAAGGAUUCAGAGAAAAGUACAUGGUUGUUAUAACAGCAGCACAGCUUCGUGGAUACAUAUUAGAGCACCCAGUCUACGUGAUUGAGAAAGUAGCAUGUCUGAGUUUUGAUGAACAUAAGGCGUGUCACAGGUUGGGCAUGCAAAGAGCAGAGGGACAGGAGGAGAAUCAUGCGGAUCCAAUGAAGCGGCCGGUCAAGUUGACACAGUCUAACUCCUUUAUAACAAAGAUCAAAAAGUCGUUUGCCAAAAAGAAGGAGGAAGAGAUAUUAGAAUCUAUUACACAAGAAUCUGCUUUAGAAAAUGAUAAGGUUAUCAUAGACAACUUGGAGAUACCGACGACUACAACUACUCUCCCUCUAUCUUCGUCUGUUUCUUCAUCUUCUGCAGUAUCUACAUUAGAAGAAGUAGAUGAAGAAGAUGAAGAGGAAGCACUAUUAGAUGCUCGUAUUGUUCGUCAAAUCGUGGAGUUAUUUAGCAAGUCAAUGUUUAUAUUUUCAAAUACAUUUGAUAUUACAAACAGUUUUCAGCGAAUACACAAGAACAAGACAAAUUCUGAUAUUCCUUUAUGGAAAACAGUAGACAAACGGUUUUGGUGGAAUGAACAUCUUUCACGAAGCCUUAUAGAACACAAUUUAGAUGAAUGGAUCAUUCCUGUUAUGCAAGGAACAGUGCAGGUCGAACCAUGUAUCAUUGAUGGGUAUAGCUUUGAGUUUAUAUUGAUUUCUCGAAGAAGCAAGGAGCGAGCAGGCAUGAGAUAUCAACGAAGAGGUAUUAAUGAAGACGGACAAGUUGCCAAUUUUGUAGAAACAGAGCAGAUUGUUAUUUUUAAGAGAGAUGAAGUAAAUCAUAUAGCAUCGUUUGUUCAGACACGAGGAUCAAUACCUUUAUUUUGGAGCCAGUCUCCUUAUAGCUUACAUCCAGUUCCAGUAUUAGAAAGAACCGAAAAAGAAAACAGUAAUGCUUUUGAAAAGCAUUUUAAAACGCAAGAAGAGCUGUACGGUCGUCAAAUUGUGGUCAAUCUUGCAGAAGUAACUGGGAGAGAAGCUGUUAUCGGAUCAGAGUAUCGGAAGCAUGUUGAAGAUCUAGGAGACCCUAACAUAAAAUAUGUUGAAUUUGAUUUCCAUAAAGAAACCAGAGGGAUGAAGUUUGAGAAUAUAAGUAGGCUUAGCAAUAGCUUAUACGAGGAUAUGACGAAAUUGCAGUAUUUUUGGACAGCUGUUGAUGGAAGUGAGCAUACUUACUGCGAGCAAGGAGGCGUAUUUAGAACAAACUGCAUGGAUUGCUUAGACCGAACCAAUGUUGUACAGAGCGCAUUUGGACGCAGUGUAUUGAAUCUACAAUUAAUGCGCUUUGGUAUUACUGAGUAUCCAGAUCAAGGAAUUAAAUACUAUAAUAGUUUUGAAAAGAUUUUCAAUAACAUGUGGGCAAAUAAUGGAGACAUGAUAUCAAGAAUGUACGCAGGGACAAGCGCUUUAAAAGGAGAUUUCACAAGAACUGGCAAACGAAACUUUACCGGAAUGAUGAAUGACGCAUCCAACUCGUUGACACGCAUGUACUUUAACACUGUCAAGGAUUUCUGGAAGCAAGCAACUAUAGAUUUCGUAUUGGGAUACCACAAAUGCGAAAUAUUUAGAUAUGUGCCUCAAAGUGUCAAGAUGUCUGCUGAACCAGGAAUAGAAAGGAGAUGGGCAAAGAUACGAUCAGAUGCGAUUGAAACUAGCAGCCAAAUUGUAGUAGCCGAUGAUGAAACAAAAAUCACAGGAUGGACACUACUCUCACCAUCAGAGCCAUUGAAGAUAAGACCUAAAGAAUUUGAAGAAAAAGUAGUCAUAUUGACAGAAAAGGCUCUGUAUGUCUGCAGCUACAAUUAUGAUCUAGAAAAAGUGAUUCAGUUUAAAAGACUUGAGCUGGAUAUGAUUACUUCCAUACAAGUUGGCAUAUAUAUCCUUUCUUCGCUUACACCUGCAUCAAGAAACGAAGAGCAAAACUAUGGCUUUAUUAUCAACCAUCUAACUAAUGGAGAGCUCGUCCGAUGGAACACAGGGAGUAUUUUGAACCAAAACCUUGGUGAUUUGAACAUUGAGAAUGACAAAGAAGAGGAAGAAUAUACGGAAGCAUCAGAUACCUCAUUUAUUGCUUUUAAAGCAGUUCGAUACAACAUAUUGGGAGAAUUAGAUGGUAAAGUAGAUAGUUGUAAAAAGCAGAUCGAAAUCAUUGUUCAGGCAAUUUGUUCUGCCUCUGGUCGUACGCCUGAUGACAAUGAUUUCAUUAUUCAUGAGCCUAUUAUAAGCUUGAAAGAAGCUGAAAAGACAGAUGGCUUAUUUAAAAAGAUGGGACAUAAGAUCAAGCAAGCUAUAUGGUUAUAAUAAGAACUUUCUUAGCAAUAAAUAAACGCAGAAUUCUGAAAAAGGAUGAUUAUUUUGUAGUAUAAAUACAUCUCUUGAAUGACUACAUAGAAAUAUACACAAGUCUAUAAUGUAACAUAAUACAACAGUAGCAUAUGGUACAUUAGUGUUAUUUAUUGUUUCCCUUUAAAUAUAAUAAAAAAACUACGCUUGUC